ACGGAAGAGACAAGAUGGCGCUGCGGGCGAUGCGGGGGAUCGUGAACGGGGCCGCUCCCGAGCUGCCCGUGGCCCCCGGCGGGCCGGCGGCGGGGGCGCGGGAGCAGGCGCUGGCGGUCUCCCGGAACUACCUCUCUCAGCCCCGCCUCACCUACAAGACUGUGUCGGGAGUCAAUGGCCCGCUGGUGAUCUUGGAUCAUGUCAAGUUUCCCAAGUAUGCCGAGAUUGUCCACCUGACGCUGCCAGACGGCACGAAGAGAAGCGGACAAGUCCUGGAAGUGAGCGGCUCCAAAGCAGUGGUCCAGGUCUUCGAAGGGACCUCAGGGAUCGAUGCCAAGAAGACGUCCUGUGAGUUCACCGGGGAUAUCCUGCGGACGCCUGUGUCUGAGGAUAUGCUUGGUCGCGUGUUCAACGGCUCGGGCAAGCCCAUCGACAGAGGCCCUGUGGUCCUGGCUGAGGACUUCCUGGACAUCAUGGGUCAGCCCAUCAAUCCCCAGUGUCGGAUCUACCCAGAGGAGAUGAUUCAGACCGGCAUUUCCGCCAUCGACGGCAUGAACAGCAUCGCCAGGGGCCAGAAGAUCCCCAUCUUCUCGGCCGCUGGCCUGCCACACAAUGAGAUUGCAGCCCAGAUCUGCCGCCAGGCUGGUUUGGUAAAGAAAUCCAAAGAUGUCGUGGACUACAGUGAAGAAAACUUUGCAAUUGUCUUUGCUGCUAUGGGUGUAAACAUGGAGACUGCCCGGUUCUUCAAAUCUGACUUUGAAGAAAAUGGCUCAAUGGACAAUGUCUGCCUGUUUUUGAACUUGGCGAAUGACCCAACCAUCGAGCGAAUCAUCACGCCUCGCCUGGCUCUGACCACGGCGGAGUUCCUGGCCUACCAGUGUGAGAAGCACGUGCUGGUCAUCCUGACAGACAUGAGCUCCUACGCGGAAGCGCUCCGGGAGGUGUCUGCAGCCAGGGAGGAGGUUCCCGGGCGGCGCGGCUUCCCGGGUUACAUGUACACAGAUCUCGCCACCAUCUACGAGCGCGCAGGCCGAGUGGAGGGCAGGAACGGCUCCAUCACCCAGAUCCCCAUCCUCACCAUGCCUAACGACGAUAUCACCCACCCCAUCCCUGACCUGACUGGCUACAUCACGGAGGGGCAGAUUUACGUGGACAGGCAGCUGCACAACAGACAGAUCUACCCGCCUAUCAACGUGCUGCCCUCGCUGUCGCGGUUGAUGAAGUCGGCCAUUGGCGAAGGAAUGACCAGGAAGGAUCAUGCCGACGUCUCCAACCAGCUGUACGCGUGCUACGCCAUCGGCAAGGACGUCCAGGCCAUGAAGGCCGUGGUCGGGGAGGAAGCCCUCACCUCGGAUGACCUCCUGUACCUGGAGUUCCUGCAGAAGUUUGAGAAGAACUUCAUCGCUCAGGGUCCCUACGAAAACCGCACCGUCUACGAGACGCUGGACAUCGGCUGGCAGCUGCUCCGAAUCUUCCCCAAGGAAAUGCUGAAGCGGAUCCCCCAGAGCACGCUGAGCGAGUUCUACCCUCGAGACUCGGCCAAGCACUAGCCGCCGCCCGCCGCCCGCGGCGUGGGCCUCUGUGAAAUACUGGUUCUGUUUCUGCAUUCCUCUUGCACUCCUCCGUCCCCACCUCGCCGUGGGAGGUUUCGUGUUACCCUGUGAUUAAAAACAAAGCAUAGGUAACAUUUCGUGCCAGUGUUGCAAUGUUUUCAACUGCUAACAGACUUUAAAAUAUCCGCACUGAGAGACUGGACGGCAGAAGCCGCGGUGGGGAUGGAGUCCCCUCUCCCUGCUGUGUGUGUACAGAGUUGGUGGCCUCCGGGCCUCCCCGGCCAGCCCCCACAAGGUCAUGGCUACCUGAAAUUCCAGUGCUCUGGUCUCUAACUCGGGCCAAGAGCAGGUCCGGAAGAGCCAGGGGUCUCUCUCCCAAGGACUUUGUCUUGGCUUGCUGGUGUCUGUGCGUGUGCUCUGCCGGGGGCGCGUGGUGGUAACUCUCGCUUGCUCGCUCAGCAGAGGGAGCUGCCCGUGCCUCCCUGGUGCGUGGGAGUUGGGGUUCCUGGGCGGGACAUCAGCCCUGCACAGCUGGCGCCUCUCUGGCGACAAUGCCCCGCCUCAUCUCACUGGGAAACAGCUCACCGGAUGGGAGAGAGUGGGGGUGCAGUCAGAGAAGACGAAAGCCCCAGUCUGCCUGGGGCGCGCCAGCCGCGGUUGGCGUUUCUAGAAUGUUCACUGGGUACUAGAGGCCGGGGGCGGGGGCGGGGGCGAGCGCUCUCAGGUUUCUGGAUAUUUGAAACUCUGUUAGAGUUUGGAAAGUCCCCGCCUGGCCCUGCUUCUCUGCCUCCUGCACCUUUUCAGGUGAGUCUCGUGGCUCAGCUGGUAGCGUUGUUCCCGCUCCCUCCCGGCGUGCGCCCUGAGCUGCCGCCUCUGCCCUUGUGCCGCGUCUGCGUUUGGUGUCCGUGUUCCUUGUUCCCUGGGUGCAGUCAGAUCCCCCCCGCCCCCCGACUCUGCACAUUCCAUCUCCGAAGCUGUGCGAACUCCACGUCCUCCGAGUGGGGCUGGGGGCUGGCAUGAUUCUGUUUUCAUGUAGAAAAUGUGACCUCUGGAUAUCAAAUGAGAAUAAAUGUUCAAUUAAAUGGA